AGCGGAGAUUUUUGUGAUUUUUUUUUCUUCCCACGAGAAGAAAGAUAUGCUGUUGUGUAGCUGCAGCGAAAGUAAAUGAAAAGUUGAACAUUUCCCAAGUGCACAAAGCGGAGCUGCGUUUUUCGUUUUUUUCCCGUGCAUGUGUGUGUGUGUUUCGUGUGUGGUAUAUAUUUGUUCUAGGUGUUUGAUUUUAUUUUGUAGUGUAACCAGUUUGUUUUAGGCUCACAAAAGAUGUCUUCGGGAAGACCAAUCAAAUGUGUGGUGGUUGGUGACGGCACGGUGGGGAAAACGUGCAUGCUGAUCAGCUAUACGACCGACAGCUUUCCCGGCGAAUACGUACCCACGGUCUUUGACAAUUAUUCCGCCCCAAUGGUGGUGGAUGGAGUGCAAGUGUCGCUCGGACUGUGGGAUACGGCUGGACAGGAAGAUUACGACAGGCUAAGGCCACUGUCUUACCCACAGACGGACGUGUUCCUCAUAUGCUACAGUGUGGCCAGCCCGUCUUCGUUUGAAAAUGUUACCUCCAAGUGGUAUCCAGAGAUCAAGCACCACUGCCCGGAUGCGCCUAUUAUUUUAGUUGGAACCAAAAUCGAUCUGCGGGAGGACCGUGAAACUAUUAGCGUACUGGCCGAGCAGGGUCUUUCCGCGUUGAAACGCGAACAGGGUCAAAAACUAGCGAAUAAGGUACGGGCGGUAAAGUAUAUGGAAUGUUCGGCACUAACCCAGCGAGGCCUAAAGCAGGUCUUUGACGAAGCGGUACGGGCGGUACUCAGACCGGAGCCUUUAAAACGACGCCAACGAAAAUGUGUUGUGAUGUAGGUGUGUCCGUGUCCGUGUUUGGCCGCGGGCAAUCAUUUCUAGCGGUAGACGGGCAACCGAUGAAGCAACUCAACAAAGAAACAGGAAAACGCAAAACAAACAUACAUUUAGAGAAAAAUAUUGUACAUAAGUUUAGAUGCCACGGUGGUACGGUAGCGAGCUGCGCGAAAGAAUGAAGGAAAUCGAAAAGCAAUUGUGAAGCAAACAACCUCAAAACAAACUAGACCCCGGAGGCUGCGAGAAGAAAGUGUGAACAACGAUUGUGCGACGAGUGUGUGUAUAAUGCAAUGGCAAAUGGAAAUCGUAAAACGGUUGAAGAAUCAAACACCAAACCACAGCAAACCGUGGGCAAAGCGAGGAAAAGGAAUUAAUAAUGCAUUGGAAAACUGAUCGCAUCGAAGGUAACCGAUACGGGAUCGAUCAUUACAAAGCAAGCAGUGUGUGCCAUUUUCAUUAAACGAUGGAUUGAGCUACUUUAACAAUGCGAUAACAAAACGAAUGGAAGUGGACAAAAAAUCAACGAAACAAAAACAACAAAAACAGGCUACUAAAAGAAGGAUAAGAAGAGAUUGAAGAGCUAAAAAAUAGAAAGUAUGACGACCGGUCUAUAGGACAACAGUAGCAAAACAAACAACAGUAGGAGGCGAUAAGCAAUCGCACAAGCAAUGAAACAGGGCGGGAAGGAGCUUCCUUCACGUUAAUGCUUAACAAGAAGAAUACGCCGGAGAAGUGUUCACCACCCUGAACCAACCAGCCGAAAAUACCUCACGUAAAGUUUUUCAUUUUCCCUCUUUACGGCUCCCCAAAUAGUUGAACGGUACUGGAGGAAAGAGGAUUGACAAAAUCAAAAACAUAAACACAAAAACCCCGAUUGCAAACGCUGUAGAAGAAUGCGACAAAGCGAAGUGUGUCUGGUAGUAGUUCAAAGAUUUGGAUCGCUUGUCUAAUGAUCCCGUUUGUUGUUGAGCAGUUUUCCCCAUUUUGGACCCGUUUUCCGUUUAUCGAGGGAAUCGCUUUGUUUUGUUUUUCCUUCGAUAACAUGCAGCAACAGCAGCAGCAGCAGGAGCAAAACUAUUCACACAACCGGACAGGUUAUUUGCAAUAUUAAUCUUUACAUACCGAGCACAUCCCCUGCACAAGCAAUCAAAAGAGCUUUUUGCAAUGCAAGAGACGCAACGGAAAAGUGUAGAAGGGGACGAAAAGAUAGAGUGACUUUUUUUUACAAACAGUGCUUCAGUCUUACACGUCUUCCCACCGGCGGGUGAGUUUGAGUUUGUGUUUUAUGCUCCUUACGAAACCCGUUUGGUUUGUAGCUCAUCUCGUGCUACGCGGGAAGGAACGGACGAGAAAAAAAGAAGGUAACCAGAGGCACAGCAUCUCAUGAGUAAAUCUCAUUCCACAUCCACAAAACAUAAUGUCUACAGAAUCGAAAGUAUAUAUAUUUUAAUUACUAAUGCUGCCUCACGAUGCGUAAUUGCUUAUGUUGUGUGGCCGCGCGCACGAGAUAGUGAAAAAAGAGGGAACGAAAAGUCAUAUUGAGUGGAGCAGUGAGCCAAAGUGUUUUUACUAUUUUUACUCGUUUUAGAAAUUAAGUGUACGCGGAAUCUGACCAUAGUUACUUUGUGCCGGUGUUUCGGUUUUUAUACUAUACAUUUUUUUAUAUAAAUUUUCUUCCCAUUCAAAACCCCCUGGUCUCGUGGUAACGGGACUGCAUCUGUAGAUGCAUCCGUUGCCGACUCGAAGGGGCAAAAAUCGUACCAACGCAACAUAGCCUCUAUAGUAGAUGAAACCGUAGUGUCUAGUCGCAGGACUCUGUAGGGAAAGUGAGUGAGAGAUGGAUAGUAGGAAAAGGGAUAUGUUUGUCGAUACUGCCAGAAAGCACCCCUAACAUGAUCCAAACAAAACAUGGGUUUGUGUUGAACAUAGUGUCAAUUAUUUGCAAAUUUUAAACGCCAAGGAACCUCACUAAGCAGGUCCUCGUUCGAUCGUGUUCGUUCUACGUAUAGAAUAGAGCCGAAAGAAUCACCAUCAUAUCCUAGUCCUUUGCUGACACAUACCCACACACAGGCCAACCGGUAUUCUGUGUCGGUGUCAGUAACAGACACAGGAUCGGAGCACCGUGGCCGGGUGUGGCCGGGGGCUGCCAUAUUGAGUUUUUUCUCUCUUUAAAUAAUUUUAUAUUUAAAAGUGUAAGCGAAUGAUUUAAACUGUAUUAUGAUUACGGUUAGUUUGUUAGGUUGGUUCCUCAACGAAUAAUAAUCUCCCCCCCAAAACAAAGCUGCAUUUAUCGCCGUGUUUCGGAUGUUAAUUUUCGAAAGAGGAGAGAGAGUGCGAGACAAAAACAAAGUGUAAACAAUAACGUGUGAUGUAAAGGAAAUGGAAAGGGUACGAAAAAGCGAUAGGAAGAGAGCGAAAAGAGUUGACUAGAGAGACAGAAAGAAAUACAAUAGAUUACGCGUGUUCUGAAUACAAUUCGUUUUGUAUUAGAUAUUUAUUUUGCUUUUGAUUGUAGAAAAGAAAAAUGGAAGUUUAAUUAUUAAAUGCCAACGCCAACAAAACAAACACUAAAAUACCGGGGAGCAAUAACAAUAGAUGCGCGCGCCAAGAAAAGAACGACAAAAAAAACAUUAGAAACAAACAGACGAAAUCGUACUAACAUCUUGCAUUGCUAUACAAUAAAAAAACUAAUCCUCGUGUUCUAGUUUCCAUUAA